GCUUCCAAAAUGGAGGUUGAACGGAGCAACGAAGCGUCUGGAUCAAAAGAAGGGAAAAUUACCUCUGCAGAGGCAAAAACACAGACGAUAGGCUGGCAGUCCUUGCUUACUUUCACCAUCCUUUCUUUAGCAUGGCUGGUGGGUUUUGCGAGCCGGCUUUUCGCAGUGAUACGGUUCGAGAGCAUCAUUCACGAGUUCGACCCGUGGUUCAAUUAUCGGUCUACACAUCACCUUGUCACUAAUGGGUUUUACAACUUUUUGAACUGGUUUGAUGAAAGAGCUUGGUACCCACUGGGCAGGAUUGUUGGAGGAACAGUUUACCCAGGUUUGAUGUUGACUUCAGCAUCUGUCCACUGGGCUCUUAACACACUUAACAUCACAGUACAUAUCAGAGAUGUGUGCGUUUUUCUGGCACCAAUGUUUAGUGGUCUUACAGCAAUAGCAACUUAUCUCCUGACUAAGGAACUAUGGAAUGAUCGUGCUGGCCUCUUUGCAGCUUGUUUUAUAGCAAUCGUUCCUGGGUACAUUUCUCGGUCGGUGGCAGGAUCUUACGACAAUGAAGGCAUAGCUAUCUUUGCAUUGCAGUUUACAUAUUUUCUAUGGGUGAAGUCUGUUAAGACUGGUUCAGUAUUCUGGGCAGCCUGCACAAGCCUCUCUUACUUCUACAUGGUCUCUGCAUGGGGUGGAUAUGUAUUCAUUAUCAAUCUGAUUCCUCUUCACGUGUUCUUCCUUCUUCUGAUGGGAAGAUUUUCAUUCAGGAUCUAUGUUGCAUACACAACUUUCUUCAUCAUGGGUCUCCUCAUGUCAAUGCAAGUACCUUUUGUCGGCUUUCAACCAAUACGAACAAGUGAACACAUGGCUGCAGCAGGGACAUUUGCUCUUCUCCAAGCCUAUGCAUUUUUGGUGUACGUUAGAAGCAAAGUAUCAUGGACUGACUUCAAGAACAUAUUUGUGUUUGCUGUGGUGGCUGUAGCAGGCUUGGUGUUUGUUGCAGUCAUUUUUCUUACUUAUGCUGGUUAUGUAGCACCUUGGAGUGGACGAUUUUAUUCUCUGUAUGACACUGGGUAUGCAAAGAUUCAUAUUCCAAUUAUUGCCUCUGUCUCUGAGCAUCAGCCAACCACAUGGGUGUCAUUCUUCUUCGAUCUCCAUGUCUUAAUCUGUACUUUUCCUGCUGGUCUCUGGUUUGUGAUCAAAAAUAUUAAUGAUGAAAGAGUCUUUGUUUGCCUGUAUGCUACAACAGCUGUGUACUUUGCUGGUGUAAUGGUGCGUCUGAUGUUGACCUUGACACCAGUAGUGUGCAUUCUGGCAGCCAUUGCUUUCUCUGUAACAUUGGACAACUACCUGGUUGAUGAUCGCCCUUCAGAAAACAAAGAUGCGGCAGCUAAACCAACUGAUGGAAACAGUAGCAGUGAAGAGAAUGAUAAGAAAAGGAAAAAAGAUUUGUAUGACAAGCCCAAGAAGAAGUCUCAUAGCAGCAAGACCAAGCAAGAAGAGAAGGAGAAGGAUGAAGACGAUGAGGCAAUUGGUGCAAAUCUGAAGGGAAUGGUAGUGAUGUGUACAGUGAUGAUGCUGAUGAUGUUUGCAGUGCAUUGCACAUGGGUGACCAGCAAUGCCUAUUCAAGUCCCUCUGUUGUGUUAGCCUCUACAAACUAUGAUGGGAGUCGAAACAUUUUGGAUGAUUUCCGAGAGGCAUAUUUCUGGCUUAGACAAAACACAGAUGACAAUGCACGGGUCAUGUCUUGGUGGGACUACGGAUAUCAGAUUGCUGGUAUGGCAAAUAGAACAACACUUGUGGACAAUAACACUUGGAAUAAUAGCCAUAUAGCUCUGAUAAGAUAAUGAAGAUGUUGGAUGUGGAUUAUGUCUUGGUUAUAUUCGGUGGUGUGAUUGGUUAUUCUGGUGAUGACAUUAACAAGUUCCUUUGGAUGGUCAGAAUUGCCGAAGGCGAGCACCCUCAAGAAAUCAAGGAGUCAGAUUACUUCACUCCACAAGGCGAGUUCCGGGUGGACUCGGCAGGGUCUCCAAUCCUUCUCAACUGUCUCAUGUACAAAAUGUGUUAUUAUCGCUUUGGGGAGAUGCAGUUGGACUUUCGGUCUCCGUCUGGUUUUGACAGGACUCGUAACGUAGAAAUCGGAAACAAAAACUUUAAUUUAGAACAUUUAGAGGAAGCUUUCACUUCCGAGCAUUGGUUAGUUAGGAUUUACAAGGUUAAAGAUUAUGCAAAUCGAGUCAAGAGCAAAGUACCUCUGAGGACAACAAAUUUAAAACCUAAAACCAAAUAUAUUCCGAGAAGGAAUAAUAGGAAGGGACACAUCAAAGAUAAACUUAACGUAAUUCAAGGAAAGAGAGUUCAACGAAAAGGGAAGAAGAAGACGACAAAAGCUAAGAAAGCCAAGAAGACCAUAUGAGCGGCGAGUGACGACGUCAUGUGAAACAGUAAACGUUCUCCGCCACGUGCAAGAAUCAUUGUGUUUAUUCCAUUCGUAGACAAACCUUUAGCAACUCCAGUUUUUCGAGUAGUUGAAAUGUUUUAGGACUGAUAACUGGAAGUCUUGUCUUUAAAGUCAUUGGUUAAUUUUUAAGUUUUUCCGAGAUGAAGGUAAUUUUUGACUACUGUGUAACUUAAACGUGUAAGGGUUGUUCGCAGCUUCAUUUGACGGCAUUGAGAUUUGACACAAAAGUUACUAGUUCAAAGGUAACUGAACAUAACUUGGUGGAGAACUGCUUUGACUUCGAUACCUCCGUGUGCUUUACUUUUGGGUGUUUUCGUUCAAAAGUGGCAGCACUGUGAUGCUAAUGUUUUUAAUUAUUACUAGUUUUUCCAAUUUAAAAGUCCAUCUCGUUUGCUCUUCGGUGAAAUAAAUUUAAUUUGGAAAUAUCCCGUUAAACCAACCGUUGUAAAAUAAAACAACUAUUUCAACCGAA